AUGUGGCAAGGAUCGCACUUGGCUUUUAUCCUCACCGCAGCGGGUUUCCUCGCCUCCGGUGUCCAGGCCGUUGACACCCUCGUUGAUGUCGGAUACGCCAAGUUUCAAGGCGCCGUGACUGAAGCUGAGCUGGGCGUGACAACUUGGAAGGGAAUCCAGUUUGCUGCCCCUCCGGUCGGCGACCUCCGCUUCGCCGCGCCGGCCGACCCGGUCCAGUCUGGACUUGUCAACGCCACGGCACACGGUCCCAUCUGCCCUCCCCAACAGCCCACCGAUUGGACCGUUUCCAGCACCAAUCCGCGCUUCACCGUCGAUGAGGACUGUCUCUACCUGAGUGUCACAGCCCCCUCAGAUGCGCAGACCGACUCUAGACUGCCCGUUGUUUUCUUCCUCCAGGGCGGUGGAUUUGGGUCCAACUCGAACGCAAACUGGGAUGCCAGCGAGAUUGCUUCGGAUGGAAACGUCAUUGUUGUUCAAAUCAACUACAGAGUUGGCAUGUAUGGCUUCCUACAGGGCGAGGAGGUCCGCGCUAGCGGCGGUCUCAACGCCGGAGUCAAGGAUAUGGUGAAGGCUCUUGAGUGGGUUCAGACCAACAUCGGCCACUUUGGCGGAAACCCUGAGCAGGUUGUUCUUGACGGUGUCAGUGCCGGCGGCUCAGCUGUCGGUCUUCUCAUGACUGCCGAUCUCGGCAGCAAGCAGCUCUUUGCAGGAGGUAUCGCGGAGUCUGGCGGCUGGGUUACGAUGCGCACCAUGGAGCAGGGACAGGGCCAGUAUGACUGCCUCGUUAAGGAGAAGAACUGCACCGAGGCCGCCGACUCUCUCACCUGCCUUCGCGCCUUGAACCAGUCUGAAGUCCGUUCUUCAAGCUGCUGGUUCAACCCGGGCAUCGAUGGCGAACUCUUCACCGACAGCAUGGUCAACCUCUUCAAGCAAGGCAAGUACAACAAGGUCCCUACCAUCUGGGGUUCUUGCGCUCAGGAGGGAACCAUGUACUCUGCUCCUCAAUCUACCAACUCUACCGAGGCAGCCAACACUUGGCUCCUGGGACAAGAUCCCUCCCUGUCCAACGCCUCGCUCGCCAUCCUUGACGACCUGUACAUCAACACUCCUCGCACCGUCUACCCCGACUCCGGAACCAAGUGGAGGCAGACCGCCGACGCGAUCGGUGACAUUGGCAACCACUGCAUUAUCCGCAACAUCCAGAACUACCUGGCCCGCGACGAAGCCAUCACCUACAACUAUAAGUUCGCCGUCCAGGACCCCAAGAACGAGGCCGAAGGUUUCGGCGCGUACCACACUGUGAACACCUACGCAUUCUGGGGCAACAACAGGACCGAUGGCCAAGCGCCCGAGUCGUACUUCACCAUCAACAAGCCCAUCAUCUCGCAGUUCCGCAAGUACUGGGUCUCGUUCAUCCGCAACCUGGACCCCAACACCGAUCGCGAAAAGGGUGCCGCCGAGUGGAGACCAUUCACUGGUCUUGAGGGCCGUGAGCGUCUUUUUGUGCAGACGAACAACACUCACAUGGAGAGAAUGAGCACUGCUCAAGCCUUGCGUUGCGACGUUGUUAGACCUAUGUCGGAGAACUUGGGCAAGCCGGUUGACACGGGUGUUGUCACUGAGCUGGAUGCUACCCUGGCGGCUAGCAUCAACAACACCACUGAGGACACCAAGUUCAGGAAGAGACACGUUAGACAGUUCUCCCGGUACUACUAG